AUGCGCUCCUCAAUCGCGUGUGCUCGCUGUCGUCGGUCCAAGGUCAAAUGUGUCAACAGUGGUGUCGGUACUCCUUGUCGGUCUUGCGAGGCCGGCAAUCGGGAAUGCACAUAUCCGGUUCCUGUCACGGGUGGACGCAAGCGGGAGAACAGUUUGACCGGGCCUGCUCCCAAGGUCGACCCCAUGGGUGAAGAGAUCCGGAAACAACGGCAGCAGCGUAAAAGCAAUGCCGGCUUGCCAGGGCAGCCUAUGCCCGCCUUUGUCGAGCCUUCUAUCUCACCAGUCGAUGCUCUGGAUCCGAACCUCUUGACGCCGGCUGUCUGGAAAGAGCUGUUUGACAUAUUCCAACUACACUUCUCUGCCGACCUCCCCUUCAUUCACCCUCCUACCUUUCUCAAGCCUCUUCGCCAAGCUGGCUCGCAAGCUCAGGCACCUCAAUACCGUCCAUAUACAAAUACUCUUGUUCCUCCAGUCCAGCCUCCUGCGCCUACCGAGUUCUUGUUAGCAUUCUUGGCCUUGACCUCCCGCUUUCACCCUACACUGGUUACCCACCAUUCACCACGGAGUGCCAAUCGUUCUAGCGAUCCCCUCAUCGCUGCCGAGUUCUACGCUUCUGCUGCGUCCGCGCAGCUCAAUACCGCUACCGACCGAUCAGGCGUCUGCGACAUCUCGACCAUCCAAGCUAUGCUCAUGCUAGCAUUGCAUGAGUGGGGCAUGAACCGGGGUCCCAAGGCAUGGGAUCACCUCGGUAUUGUCAUUCGUUCUGCUCAAGCAAUGGGACUGCAUUACGAAGAAGAAUUGGACGAUCAACCUCUAUCACGCUCACUGCCAUCUCGAGCGAACGAUCAACAAAGCUUUGCCAGCGCUGGUAACACUUCGCCUGAUGCAUCUUGCCAAAAUGAUGCAUUUGUCAAACAGGAAAUCCGCCGCCGCACCUUGUGGACUUGCUUCAUCCUAGAUCGCUACUUUAGCAACGGCAAAUUCAGACCCCAGGCACUAAACGCGAGAGAUUUGCGCAUCCAACUGCCAGCUGGUGAACACGCUUUCCUGUUCGGCGAGAAAGUUCGUACUCUACUCUUGAGCGAGGAAAACACUUCCAGAGCCGAAGUGCAAAGUCAGCGCCGCGCUUCCUUGGCUACUGACCCAUCAAAUCCUCAUCAUAAAAGAUCUUCGAUUCAUGAUAGUGCAACUGGAAGAUCCUCACCUCAAGAUCCUGAAGGUCGGUGGGAGGUUGGCUCGGAUGAGGGUCUGAUCAGUCGAUACAUCAAGAUGUUAGAUAUUCACGGAAAAGUCAUGCGGUGGGCAUGUGGUGGAGGCAGAAAGCGUGAUGCUUUGCCACCAUGGAAUCCACAAUCUGAAUGGUACGGCUUACGAAAGACGCUUGAGGAUUUCAAGGUCGGCCUUCCGAGACACCACUCUUUGACGGCGCAGAAUACAUCCGUCCACAUCAACCUCAAGUCCUCGACGCCCUACGCUCUUGUGCAUCUCACCUUCCUUCUCUCUCAACUCCUUCUUACUCGCGACUUCCUCCCGUUCAUUCCGUUCCGACAUGGCAAGCCUUCAGGUCCGCUCGACGGCACGCGGUUUGAUACGAUACCUUCACCUCACGGUUUCUGGGAUGACAGUGCUCGCGAAUGCUUUGCUGCCGCUCGGGACAUUGUUGACCUAGUCAGCUCUUUCCUAGAGUGGGGUGUCGUGGUCGAGACUCCUCUGGUCGGUUUCGCCCUUUAUAACGUUGCCUUGCUUGGUGUCUAUGUCACAAACUUUCCUUGGAUGGACACUCACGGCUACCUUCGUCGAACUGCGAAGGACGACGGCGUGCCUUCUGGCGCAGACGCUGCUCGCAAAGCCAUCGAACUGCUUGCUUCGAUGAAGAAUCGUUUAUACAUGGCCAGCGGAUGGUUCCAGACCGUCAAACGCUCGCACAAGUACUUCUCACGCUUGAGGAAAACUUGGGUGGAUUCUGCA